GGCGGCCAGGCAGCCCCACGCGCCCCACGCGCCCCGCGGGGGCCCGGCGCCCCGGCACGCGGGCUGGAAGCGACUGAGCGCCCCCGCGGGCUGCGGGCGAGCAGCGUCCCUCCGGGCUGGGGACCCGGCGAUGAGAGCGGGGCUCCCCGCGGGGCCAGCCUGGGCGUCCUCCGCAAAGUUGUCACCGAGCUCGGAUCCCGCCUAGGGGUCGCCGCGCCGCGGCUCGAGGGGCGGCCGGGCGGCCGGCGGCGGUCGUGGCUCGGCGGGGCCCGCGCGGCCGGGGGGCUUCGGGGGGCGUGCGCCCCACGCCGGCUUCCCUCGUGGAUGUCUCCCGGCGGCGGCGGGCCCAUGAAAGACUGCGAGUACAGUCAGAUCAGCACCCACAGCUCCUCCCCCAUGGAGUCGCCCCACAAGAAGAAGAAGAUCCCGGCCCGGAGGAAAUGGGAGGUCUUCCCGGGAAGAAACAAGUUCUUCUGCAACGGGAGGAUCAUGAUGGCCCGGCAGACGGGCGUCUUCUACCUGACGCUCGUCCUCAUCCUGGUCACCAGCGGGCUCUUCUUCGCCUUCGACUGCCCGUACCUCGCAGUGAAAAUCACGCCUGCCAUUCCCGUGGUUGGUGGCAUCCUGUUCUUCUUCGUGAUGGGGACCCUGCUUCGCACCAGCUUCAGUGACCCCGGCGUCCUUCCGCGAGCCACGCCUGAUGAAGCCGCCGACCUGGAAAGGCAAAUAGAUAUCGCCAACGGCAGCAGUUCAGGGGGGUACCGCUCGCCUCCCAGAACCAAAGAAGUCAUCAUCAAUGGCCAGACCGUGAAACUGAAAUACUGUUUCACCUGCAAGAUUUUCCGGCCCCCUCGUGCCUCUCACUGUAGCCUUUGUGAUAACUGCGUAGUCUUUAUAUUUGCAUUCGUUAUCACCCACGUCAUUCUUCGUUCACAGCAAACAGGAUUCCUUAAUGCGAUUAAGGACAGUCCCGCCAGCGUGCUGGAGGCCGUGGUGUGCUUCUUCUCCGUCUGGUCCAUCGUCGGGCUCCUGGGCUUCCACACGUAUCUCAUCAGCUCCAACCAGACGACCAAUGAAGAUAUUAAAGGAUCUUGGUCAAAUAAAAGAGGUAAAGAAAAUUACAACCCCUACAGCUACGGAAAUAUCUUCACGAACUGCUGUGUGGCCCUGUGUGGGCCCGUCUCUCCAAGCCUCAUUGACAGAAGAGGGUACGUCCAGCCUGACACGCCUCAGCCAGCCGCGCCCUCCAACGGGCUGGCCACGUACGGGGCCACCGCCUCGCAGAGCGACAUGUGCGACCAAGACCAGUGCAUUCAGAGCACCAAAUUCGUUUUGCAGGCCGCGGCCACGCCCCUGCUGCAGAGCGAGCCCAGCCUCGCCAGCGACGAGCUGCACCUGUCGGGGAAGCCGGGCCUGGGCACGCCCUGUGCCAGCCUGACGCUCGGGCAGCCCACGCCGCCCUCCUCCAUGCCCAACCUCUCCGCCGAGGCCGGGCUCACAGACAUACUGCCCCUGAAAGAGGAGCACGUGGGCCACCAGUUCCUGACCCCGGAGGAGGCGCCCUCGCCGCCCCGGCUGCUGGCCGGCAGCCCCCUGGCCCACAGCCGCACGGCGCACGUGCUGGGCCUGGCCAGCCAGGACGCGCUGCACGAGGACUCGGUGCGCGGCCUGGUGAAGCUCAGCUCCGUGUGACCGCGGGCCGGCCGGACUGCAGGCAGGGGGGCCGACGGGCUGCCCCCCGCAGCAACUUUCCGGUGACUCAGGGCCGUGGUGGCGAGGACUUCAGGCCCUGCGCACAGGGACCGCUGCCGAGCGCAUGGAUCCCCUCGCGCAGAGGCGCUCGGCCCAGAUGCUCCCAGCUCGGUGUGGUGUGAUGGGCAUUUCUCCCCACCCCGACCGCUUUGAUGACGGUGAAAACAGGGAAGUCGCUGUUGUCAGGCCUUUGGAACAGGGAGGGCGUGGGGACGGGGGAACCGGGGUCUGUGACCAGAGGCUCAAGGGACAGGACGUGCCCGGAUGUCAGUCGCACUGUCUGCUGCCUGCCACUCUCAGGACAGACACACAGAAGGCUUGCGAGACUGGUGGCCAGACUGAGAUUGCACUUAUUUGUUAUGCUACUAAUAUUUGAAAUAGACAUGCUAUUCCAUUUGUUAAUUUUUUUAAAAAAAAAAGUCCAAAGGACAAAAAACGACCAGAUGUGAGCCUGCAUGCCACGCUCGUCCGUUCACGGUGGUGAUGGUCUGCAGACGGAAGCGCUGCCUUCUUCCUUUACUUUUGUGAAUUCCAAGUCCUGUUUCAUGGGAAGAUGGUGGGAGAGAAACCAAGACUAAUGGACAAUGCCAUCCAUCCCCAGUUCAUUCGGCGUAAUUGUACCGGGUCGGUGGUGCCUGGGCCGCAGGGGACUGCUGGGGGGUUAGCAAAUGGAGAGUCAGUUAACCUUCUGUGCAGUAGUUAACCGAGGUUUUGUGUUGUACCACACCCACCACACCUCCUUGUGUGACCAGACUUCCUGUGGACAGCCAAUAAAUGACUCCCUCUGUUAUUUUGGA